GUUGACGUCGUUUUCACGAGAUUUAAACACCGACGGACAAUAUGCCCGUCCUUUCUCUUUGUUUAAUACGUGAACAUUAGUUUCAUAACAACAGUGUAUAUUUUCUGUUCUGGGUUGAUAACACUGUUCUACCCGGACUUCUCCCCCAGUAGGUCCAGCCAGCUACUUAAAGUCUGGCGGAGUUUUACAGGGACAGUUUACUGAGCAGCUCCGCUUCCGGCGGCUCUGCUCGGGUUCUGCUGUCGUCUCAUCCAGGUGGAAGGUGGAGAUGACCUGAGGUUAUCUGUGGGUGAAUCCCUCUUGAGGCGUCGAUCUGCGCGUCUGCAGAGACAUGUGUGAUCCGGAGCAGAAGGACCUGUAUGCUGUGCUGGGCGGCAGCCCGUCGGAUUCCCUGCAGCAGCUCAGACACAGAUACCAGCAGCUGGCUCUGAAGUACCAUCCAGACCGUCUUGGAGGUGAAAACUCUGCAGAGUCGAGUGUGAAAACAUUUCUUGAAGUUGAUGCAGCCUGGAAGAUUCUUGGUGACCAAACCACAAGAAGAGAAUAUGACCUGCAGAGGCGAGCACAGGAACUGAAACAGGACUGGACAGUAGAUUCUACCGUCGACCUGGAGGACAUGACAUGGGAGACAGAUGGGUGUGAAUGCAGCUACAGCUGCCGCUGUGGAGGAACAUUCAGCGUCUCAAAGGAGGAGGUGCAGGAGGAGACACAGAGGAGGCUUCAGGAGCUUAAUGAGCAGGAAAUGCACCGAGGAGCGCAGAGCGGCGUGCUCGUCUGCUGCGAUACCUGCUCACUCACUAUUUAUGUCACUUGGUCUCUAAAUAAAAAGAUGCAUAUGUCAAAAUAAAUGUUAUUUUUUAAAUGCAGA